AUAUAUAAGUCACAUCUAUAUCCUGAGAGAAAAUGUUUCCGCUAAAGCUAAUCAACUUGUUGUGUCUGCAAUAUUUGUGUCGCGGCCCCUUUAAGAUGUUGCUCCGUCAUGACGGCGGUGACGUUGAGCGCAUAGUUUGUGUGUGAGAUCCUGAAACGAUGAUGAUGUGUGAAGCUCAUCUUCGGUGAUCCUCGAGAAAUCUCCAGCGGAACUCAGCUUCAAUCACGGUUGAAUGUUUCCCGGUGGAAUGUCAACAUUCUGGGCUUGAUUAUAUGGUUGUUUGUGUUGGUUUUCGGAUCCAACACAGGGCCGGUGAUGGUCGCGCAUCAAGCCGGGGAGAGAGACCGAGGAGCGGCUGAGAUUUCUGCGCUCCUUCGUUCAGAGCUGAUUCCUGGUGUGCAAACUCAUCAGUACGGAGUACACGACACACACCGUAAGAUAAUCAGCUGUGGAUAAAACGCCCUCCAGAUGAGCAGCAGAAGAUCAUGGCUUCAGCUGAACAACUAGACAUGGAGGUGAUGACGCCGCUGAUGGAGGAAGCAGGAGGUGAAGAUGAAGAUGAGAAUGUAGAUGGGGAUGAAGAUUCUAAGCAUCUUCCUCAAGGCAUCACGUUUACUCAAACCCUGCUGCAUCUUUUAAAAGGGAAUAUCGGCACAGGGUUGCUCGGGCUUCCUCUAGCAGUGAAGAAUGCUGGGAUAGUGCUUGGUCCGGUUAGUCUGGUUCUGAUGGGUGUGGUGUGUGUUCACUGCAUGCACAUCCUAGUCAACUGCAGCCAUCAGCUGAGUGAGCGGUUGAAGCGUUCUCCCCUUGGUUACAGUGAAACAGUUGCUGCUGCUAUGGAGUUGAGUUCCUCCCAGUGCCUGAGGAGAGGUGCUCAUUUUGGAAGGCACUUGGUGAAUUUCUUCCUGGUUUUGACCCAGCUGGGCUUCUGUAGUGUUUAUUUCGUGUUUCUGGCUGAAAAUAUUAAACAGGUUAUGGAGGGCACACAUAUGAACUCGACUGCAGAAACUGUGCUGUUAUCCUCUAACAGCUCAGAGGCGAGCGCUGUCUCUUCUGUCGCAAUAGAUCUGCGCCUCUAUAUGGUCUUCCUCCUUCCCUUCAUCAUUGUGCUGACCUUCAUCAGAGACCUGCGCAACAUGGCCGCUCUGUCCGCCAUCGCCAACCUCUGUAUGGCCAUCAGCCUCAUCUUCAUCUUCUCUUAUAUACUCAACGAUUUGAGUGAUCCCAGACGUCUGCCAUACGCCUCCACAUGGAGAAAGUUCCCCUUCUUCUUCGGCACAGCCAUAUUUGCCUUUGAGGGAAUCGGAGUGGUUCUUCCAUUAGAGAAUCAAAUGAGGGAGCCGAAGCGAUUCCCUCAGGCCCUCAACAUUGGCAUGGGCUUCAUCAUCGUCCUUUAUGUAACGCUGGCCACUCUUGGCUACCUGCGCUUCAGAGAUGACAUCAAAGGCAGCAUCACGCUAAACCUUCCACACGACUCCUGGUCCAAUCAGCUGGUGAAGGUCUUGUACUCGUUCGGCGUGUUUGUGAGUUUUGCAGUGCAGUUUUUUGUGCCGGCAGAGAUUCUGCUUCCGCCGAUGUGUGAACGAGUCAGAAAGAGCUGGAGACGAGUGGCUGAUCUUAGCCUUAGAGCACUGCUCGUCUGCCUCACCUGUGUAACAGCAGUGUUGAUCCCGCGGUUGGACCUGGUGAUCUCUCUGGUGGGUGCGGUGAGCAGCUCAGCAUUAGCACUCGUUUUCCCUCCUCUGGUGGAGUUAAUAGCGUUUCCCAGUCAGCCUCCUCCACCGAUGCUGCUCCUCAAAGACAUCUCCAUCGCCGCUCUCGGCUUCAUCGGCUUCCUAGCAGGAACUUACGUGACAGUGGAGGAGAUCAUUUAUCCAGACGUCCAAGGACAGAUCCGUCUCCAUGAUGACGGGAACUGGACCACACCAACUACCUCAAGACCCUGAAGGCCACACCCUCAAAUGAAGGACCAAUCAAAUUCCAUGUAUAAUCAGCACGCUACCGGUUUUUUUUUAUAUCGUAACAACGGAUACUUCUUCCUAUAGCUACGUUUCAGAAUCCAGGUCCUCGCACUCCACAGCUCUGCACCUUUCAUUUGUUUCUACGUCUGACCUGGAGUGCACAGGAUGUUCCGCCAUAAUUUCAGGGAGCAUAUAAAUGUUUCAUUCAAAUUGCAUUGUAGCGUGUGAGAUUUGAAUUUAUAUUGUAUUUAUUUAUGGAAGUACAUGUCACACUUAAUUCUUCUGGAGUAUAAUGCUGCAGUGUAAAUCUGUCAAUGAGCACUCUGAAGAGAAAUAAAGGUUUCUCGUGCUUUA